UUAUUUGGUUCUUAAACCCUGAAAACCCUAAUUUCAAUUUCUCAAAAAAAAAAAAAAAAAAGGGGGUUAGUUUAAGCUAAUAUCAUCAUCAGCGUCACAUGGUGAGGAAGGAAUCACUGUCCUGAUUGAUGGCGAUUACAGGCCUAAGCGGCUUCGCUUGCAGACCUCAUUUCUCUCUCCGCCCGCCUUUCUUUCACUGCAUUCGCAAGGCUCGAUAUGGAGCCGUAGUAGCAAUUGAGACACUAGAUGAGCCCGAGCCUAUAAUAGAUAACAAGAGACACAAUUCAGGAGUAGAAUUGCGAGAAGGGGAUUGUAAUGGACCGAAGUGGAAGAAGUUGAAUUCCAAGGAACUUGGAAUUACUAAUUCUAUGAUAGCAAGUCCUACCAGAAAGAUUCUUAAUGGGCUCAAGCAAAGAGGAUAUGAGGUGUACCUUGUGGGAGGUUGUGUCCGGGAUCUUAUCUUGAAGCGGAUACCUAAGGACUUCGAUAUAAUAACUUCUGCCGAACUUAGAGAGGUAGCAAGGGCAUUUUCACGGUGUGAAAUUGUUGGUAGACGGUUCCCUAUUUGUCAUGUAUAUGUUGGCGACACCGUAGUGGAGGUUUCUAGUUUUAGCACCACUGGGCAGAAGUUCGGCGGAGACUGGAACUAUGAUACUCAAAGUCCCAUUGAUUGUGACGAGAAAGAUUAUAUGCGUUGGCGGAAUUGCUCGCAAAGGGACUUCACCAUUAAUGGGUUGAUGUUUGAUCCAUAUGAAAAAAUAGUGUACGACUACAUAGGAGGUCUUGAGGAUAUCCGCAAGGCUAAAGUGCGAACAGUGACUCCUGCAAGUAAUUCGUUUCAGGAGGAUUGUGCUCGCAUUCUGCGUGCAGUAAGAAUUGCAGCCCGCUUAGGAUUCCGCUUUUCAAGAGAAACAGCUCAUUUUCUUAAACACUUUGCUCACUCAAUUUUAAGACUUGAUAAGGGAAGGCUUCUAAUGGAAAUGAACUACAUGCUGGCAUAUGGUUCUUCUGAGGCUUCAUUGAGGUUGUUAUGGAAAUUUGGGCUUCUUGAAAUACUACUUCCCAUUCAGGCAGCAUAUUUUGUUCAUUGUGGGUUUAAGAGACGUGACAAGAGAUCUAAUAUGCUUCUGUCUCUUCUUUCCAACAUGGAUAAGCUUCUAGCACCUGAUAGGCCAUGCCACAGCUGCUUAUGGAUUGGAAUCUUAGCAUUCCAUAAAGCUUUAUCUGAACAACCAAGGGAUCCUUUGGUUGUUGCUGCAUUUUGUCUUGCUGUCCACAAUGGUGGAGAUAUGUCAGAAGCAGUAAACAUAGCAAAAAGGAUCGACAAGCCACAUGACAUGAGCUUCCAUGAAUUAUGCAAACCUGGGGAUAUGGAUACAGAUCAGUUGGUUGAUGAGGUUAUGGAUCUUGCACAGUCUAUUAAACGCGUGCUAAGUAUGAUGACUGAUGAGCAUUAUGUCUCUCAAGCAAUGGCAGAAUAUCCUCAAGCCCCAUAUUCAGAUCUAGUUUUCAUUUCAUUUGCAUUGUAUUUGAGAGUGGGCAGGGUUUUCGAGUGUGUAAGACAGGGUAAAGAGAAGGGGUUUGUCCCCAAACAAGGUGGCAAGAUAAAUUAUCAAUUGUUAGCCUUAGGAAGCCUUAAGGAAGUCCGGCAUACGUUUGCAAGGAUUGUCUUUGAUACUGUGUACCCUCUUAAUUUAACCUGAAACAGUGUAAUCCGGGGCAACAACAUUCAUGUCAAGAGAAAAAGAAGAAAAUAAUAAAAGCGACCUGGUAUUUUGAUAAA